AUGAAGUUUGAUCUUGGUGACAAUGGCCUUGUUGGGAAAAUGCCAACAUGGAUUGGAACUAGCUUCUCCAAUUUGAUGAUUCUUGUCUUGAGCUCCAACAAAUUUAGUGGUGACAUUCCUUCAACUUUAUGUCACUUACACACCCUCCAAAUCUUGGAUAUCUCAAGUAAUCAUUUCUCUGGGGUGAUACCUCCUUGUGUUCAUAAUCUCACUGCAAUGGCUACAAGAAGAAGUUUUGGUGGUGGAGGCAUACAAUAUUCUCAAGUGUUUGAUGCAUUUAUAGAGAGUGUGUUGAUCGAUGCAAAAGGAUUAGUGCUUCAAUAUGAUACCAUUCUUGUAUUGGUGACAAGCAUCAACCUCUCUGAUAACAAUCUCUCUGGGGAGAUCCCGAAGGGAUUCACCAGCUUGGUCGAGCUCAAAUUCUUGAACUUGUCGAGGAAUCACUUGAUAGGGUCGAUCCCACAGAGAGUCGGAGAUAUGAGGGAGUUGGAGUCUCUUGAUCUCUCAAGAAACUCCCUGAUCUGUCAGAUUCCAAUUAGUGUCACAAGACUCUCCUUUCUGAGUUAUAUCGACUUGUCUUAUAAUUUGUUGGAGGGGAAGAUUCCGGAAAGUACUCAAAUUCUUUAG